UGUCAUUGUCAGAGCCAACCUUGAGCUUGUUUUGAUUCCUGUUUGUGGGUUUUAUUUUCCGCGUUUUGCCGAGAAUUGUUGCAAUAUAAUUAAUGUUAUCUUUACUCAUUUCGACUUCGGGCUUCUAACAUUUUAAGUUAUAAUGUCUCAAGCUCAGUUUACCUUGUCGUGGGAUGCUUUUCAGCAAAAUCUUUUCAAUGGUUUAGGAGCUUUACAGCAGAAUGAAGACUUGGUAGACAUGACUCUAGCUGCUGAUGGUCACUUCGUGAAGGUCCAUCAGCUGGUGCUGUCAUUGGCCAGUCCAUACCUCAGGGAUCUAAUCAAAUCAGCCCAAUGUCAAAAUCCAGUAAUAUUCUUGAAUAAGGUUUCAAGUACAGUGCUUACUUUAAUACUCGAGUAUAUCUACACUGGACAAGUUGUUGUGGCAAAGGAGAACAUUGAGGAGUUGCUUGAAGCUGCCAAAUCACUACACAUCAAAGGUCUUAUGGACAUGAAUUACCAACUAUCACUAACCGACACCACCAAAAGCUACUCGAGUAGUUUUCAAAACACAACUGGACACCAGGGAACGAAUGAAACAAUACAUAAGAAUCCUCUUGACUUACCAACGGAUUUUGGGGACAGUACGGAUGAUGAUCCUUUCGAGGAACAAACAAACACACAAGAAAAUAGUGCCCUUCGAGAAAAUAGCAAAGGAAUACAGGACAUAGCAGUAAUGCAAAAAAACGCGAAACCAACACCUGACUCGAUAAAUUUCCAAUACAGCGUGACAAACAAAGGCAAUCUUCAGAUUAUACUGAAUCGGUUUGUGUACUUUUUGAGAUACACAGGCAAGUCUGGACAUCGGCAGUGGCGGUGCACUGACUAUACCAAAAAGAAAUGCCCCGCUUCUGUUACUACCAAAGACAAUAUUGUAUUAAGAAGAACUUCUGCACAUAUCCACCCGUUCCAUGAUAAGAAAAUCGCAAGAAAAGUCAGAGCUAACGCAAUAUUUUCGCUCAUAUCCGACGCAGAGAAGCAGGGAGAUAAUAUGAAAGGGGAAAAUAGAAAUAUGUUAUAAAUAAAAACAAAAUGAAAGUACUUAAUUAUAGCACCAAAUUA